AUGCCAGUUGUGUCUGUCGAAGUUGGGGUGAGCCCACCAGCAGAAGAACAGGUCAUUGAGGAGGAGCUGGUGUCAGAAUGCAGAGAGCAAGCGCAGAUGAAUGACCCAGAUGUUUUUAAAGAACUUCCUGAAUUAGAAUGUAUCACACCUGAAGACAUGUCAGAAAUAUCUUUUAGUCUUCCUCCUGCAUGUUCCAUAGCAGAAAAACAUUAUUUUGUUGAAAAACACCCUUAUCAGCCAACCAGAAGUGAAUGCGCAGAUCUUCCUUUUCAAGAAGCAGACUUUUAUUACCGCAAAAAGUCUAAUGGGGAUCGUAUUAAGCAUUCAUGGCUGAGUUGUAAGAUAAAGGAUCGAAAGUUAGAAGCAUUUUUUUGUAGCAUAUGCAUUGCCUUUUCUAAUUCCUCUUCCUCGUUCACUCGUGGUUGUUCUAAUUUUCAACAUUGCUAUCAGGCAGUAAAUAAAAUAUUGAGGUAUUAAACCGUAUAUUUAAUAUUGUAAAACUGCUCGGAAAACAGGGAUUGCCAUUUCGUGCCCAUGGCACUAAUGAAUCGCUGUACAAUUUAAAUAACAUUGAAAUAAACCAUGGGAACUUUCUUGAAAUUGUCCUACUUCUAUCACAGUAUGAUGUUCCUCUUAAAAAUCACCUUGAUAAAUGUGUUCAGGACAGUGAAAAAAGAAAACAGCGAUUGAAAGACAGAAAAACUUCAGGAAAACAUUCAACUGGACGUGGAUCUCUUGUGACAUUUUUGCCCAAUAAUACAAUAAAGAAAGUAUUUGCAGCAAUAGUUCGAAGCAUGAAAAACUUAAUUGUGUCUGAAAUCGGAGAGAAACGAUUCAGUAUACAGGUUGACUCCACCCAAGAUGUUGGAAUCGUAGAUCAAGCAACAGUAGUUGCGAGAUAUGUGCAAGAUGAAGCCAUUAAAGAACGGCUUGUGGCGAUUCUCCCUGUUAAAGAUGCUACAGGAAAAGGAUUUCACGAACUUCUAAUGUCCUGUUUUGAUGUACUUGGAUUAGAUUUCCAAAAAAUUGCCAGUGAAUCAUUUGAUGGUGCAGCAAAUAUGAGGAGUGCGUAUGUGGGACUACGUGCACAGAUUGCGAAGGUCGUGCCAGAUGGGGUUUAUAUUUGGUGCUAUAGUCAUAUCCUUAACCUGUGUGUCUCAGAUUGCUGUCAUGUAUUGGAAGCAAAAUAUUUCUUUAAAUCACUUGGCAACUUUUAUUGGAGACUCCCACAAAAGAAUGAAUAUCUGGAAAGACCAUCUGGAUAG